AUGCUAGUCGGCUUGUGUGGAGGUAUUUGUGCAGGGAAGCACUCAGUUGCAAAAUACCUGAUUCAAAAGCAUGGCUUCAAAUUGCUUCGAUUGACUACGGAACCCCGUCGGUCUUCUCAAGCCGAAGCUAGUGACCAGCUACAACUUCCUCCCAGUAGCUAUAUUUCGGAACCCGCUGCACACUCAUUCCAGUCAGCUGAUGAUCUAGUGCACUUUGUUACAACCAGAUGGCGGGAACAAUGGGUCAUCACUGAUAUGUCCAAUGAAGCUCUUCUUGAAAAGUUACUACUGCGGCCGUUUUUCCUUCUUGUCAGUGUCGAUGCCCCUAUAAGCCUGCGUUGGUGGCGGUUUACAGAUAGAUGUUGGAGGAAACAGUUAGAGCCACCAGAUCUAGAAAAAUUUGUGCUUUUGAAUGAUCAAUGUCAAUAUGGACAGAAAAAUGGAGUUAUGUAUUUGGAGAGCAGGGCCCAUGUCCGGUUAUUCAAUGCAUCGUCAUCAAUGCAAGAUCUAUACGCAGCGUUAGAUCAGUUGGACCUAAUGAACCAGCAGCGACUGCGACCCUGCUGGGAUCAGUAUUUCAUGCAGCUUGCCUCUUUAGCUGCACAACGAAGCAAUUGCAUGAAACGACGUGUCGGCUGCGUCCUUGUGAAAAACCGACGAGUCAUGAGUACAGGCUACAAUGGUACGCCUCGCAAUACUAAAAAUUGCAACGACGGAGGAUGCCCUCGUUGCAAUCUUGAUCAAGGGAGCGGGACCGCAUUAUCGACAUGUCUUUGCCUUCAUGCUGAAGAAAAUGCACUUCUAGAAGCCGGACGGGAAAGAAUCGGGGACGGAAGCGUCCUCUACUGCGACACUUGCCCCUGUCUUACCUGUAGCGUGAAAAUAGCACAGAUGGGUAUAUCCGAAGUCGUUUACUCCGUGGGGUAUAAUAUGGACUUGGAAACAGCUGCGAUCCUGAACGAGGCUGGCGUGAAGCUUCGCCAAUUUCUGCCCCCGCCUAACAAUUUAAUUGACCUUCGGGAUGCAUCUAAGAACUCUGAUAUCCAAGAAUCAUCAGAAUAG